GGUCUCUGUGUUUGGGAAGGGAGAGGGAAACGCAGGAGAGAGGGAGCGAUGGCGGUGGAGGAAUGAUAAGAGUUGGAAAUCGUGGACAUGAAAAUUACAAAGACUAACCGAGUUUCACCAAGACACAAAAACUAAAAGUCGAGAUUACCACGAUCUGGCCUUUCUGAAGAAAAGACGUCAAGACAGGAUUGCUCCUCUGCGUACCAGAAAAUUCGUGGCUGUCCAAUUGAAACAGUAACGGACAGGCAGCAGUGAACUUUCCCCACCCAUUCUUCCUGUACGUGGGUGUUUUAUACUUUAUCUCUUUUUUUUUUUUUAAUUGAUUCCUUCAAAAUGAUAAAAACCGAGAGCAAAGGCGACCGGACUCUAAGGAGUGCUUCUCCCCACAGAAAUGCAUACAAAUCGGAUUUCCACGCGAUUAAAUGCUCCUUUGAUGGGACUAAACCCAGUGAUAGUGCUUUGCAAAAGCAUUACGCUAAUGGAUCAAGUGAUGAUAGAGAAGACACAAGGGGAAGGCCUUUUGGUACUCGUAUAAAUAAAAUCAAGAACAUAUUCCUUCAGAUGGAUGGUCAGCAAAAUGAAAAUACAGAUGUUAAAAUAAUGGGAAGGAGUGAAAUGCCUGCAGUGUCGCCUCCAAAGGCGCCAUUAACCUCCAGUGUGCCUAAAACUAGUUUUCAUGGUAGUACCAGCCCAGAAUCACCAACUUCUGACAAGGCACCCAAGAGUGAAGAUGGAGAUUUCGAUAAAGUAGCGCUUUCUGGAAAGUUUUCGGAAACCAGAAAACUCUUUGAAAGAGGCAUCAAGGAUCAAACUCCAAUUGAAAAACACUCUCCUACUAAAACCAAAGCCAGGGUCUCACUAGGAAGCGUGUCUGAUGAAGGAAAAAGUCCCAGGCAUUCAUCAGGGUCAUCGGAGAAUACUGUGAGCAGCUUAAAGGCAGAUCUGAGCCCAACCUCUUUGACCAAAGGAUGGCAAAGUGAGAGGAGUGACAGUGAGGGAGGCAAACAUCAUGUAUCCAGGUUGUCAUCACUGAAUGCUGGCCCCAUUUCGAGAAGGCUGGAAAACUUCAUGGUGGAUAGUGACAACGAAGAACCCAACCGACUCUCCUGCAAAGAGCAGCCUGAAACAGAGAGCCAGCAAACCAUACACAGACCCUCAGCUCUUGCUAAGCCGACCUCUCCUAUUGGGUACGCCGUUGUUAAACCUGCCAUUGGUAGCACUUCUGCUGUGUCCAGCCCUCCCUUUAGAGAUCAAAAGCAAACGCCAUCCCCAUUGGUGAGUAACAGCUUUAACUUCCAAAGGGAAGAAUCAUCUGAAGCAGGUAAGGCUAAUGGGGAUGUGCUCAUCAAUACAGGCUCUGCCAAGCUGCCUGAACAACAUGCUCCCCUGGAUCACACAGCAGUGGGCGUGGUGCGGGCAGAGCUGGUCGUAGUCCAGAACGAGUCUUCGGAAAGUGAUGAAAACGACAACGAAUACGAAAACGAUGUUUUUGAGGAGCUGAAAGCUGAAUCUCCGAAACCAGAUCAGAGGGAACAUCCUGUGAACCCCUUUUUAGAGGAAGAGAAACAGGAUUUCCCAGUGUAUGGAAAAGAAGUUGAGAAUACAGUAGAAAAAGUAGUAAGCAGUCCCGGUAUUGCUCAGGAAGUACAGAAAUCAGACAGCAGGGUUGCUGAAGAUUACCCCGAGGAAGACAAUGGGGAGGAAGAAGGAGAGAGUGAAAUCGAGGAACAGGUUGAGAGCAACAGUGUCAAGUUAUCUCCAAACAUAUAUGGCAUCGAGAAUGCAGCUUUUGUAGAUGAUAAGGAUACAGAAUCGGAGCACCACGAAGUGGAACCAAAGGCCGAGGAAGAGGCCUAUGAAGAGGAAUACCAGUAUGGUGAAGUCUUGAAUGAGAUUCCUGGUCUUUCUGAUGAAGAAGACCCAAUACCACGAAGGAAGAUUAAGUUUUCGACAUCACCGAUACAGGUUUUCAGCACAUACUCCAAUGAGGACUAUGAUAGACGCAAUGAUGACGUUGACCCUGUUUCUGCAUCUGCAGAGUACGAACUGGAGAAGAGGGUGGAAAAAAUGGAUGUGUUCCCAGUUGAAAUUGAAAAGGGAAACAACGGUCUGGGAAUCAGCAUUAUAGGAAUGGGUGUGGGUGCAGACCAGGGUCUAGAAAAGCUUGGUAUAUUUGUGAAGACUAUCACUGAGGGUGGAGCUGCUGAAAGAGAUGGCCGGAUCAGCAUUAAUGAUCAGAUUGUAGAAGUGGAUGGCACCAGCUUAGUGGGAGUUACCCAGUUCUUUGCAGCAACAGUUCUGAAGAACACCAAAGGGACAGUCAGCUUCCUCAUUGGUCGAGAGAAGCCUGGAACACACAGUGAGGUGGCUCGUCUCAUCAGUGAGACACUGGAACAAGAGAAGUGCCAGCAGGAGGAAUUGGAAGAGCACUAUGAUCAGUCAACAGAAGAGGAUGAAGAUGAGGAUGAGGUAUUGGGAUCAAGCUUUUGUGAAAAGUCUGAGGUUUUUGAACUACCUGAAAAUGAAGAUAUGUUUUUACCAUUGAAUAUGGACUCUGCACAGCUGGCUUUCAAAUUUAAAGAGCUACAAAUACAGCAUGCUGUGACAACAGCUGAAAUCACCCAGCUGAAAGAAAAGUUAAUGGCUAAAGAAAUGGAGAAAGCGGAGUGGGAAACCAUGCAGACUCGGCUACAGAAAGACACUGAAGAAAAUAAGGAAAAAAUGAAAAAGCUAGAGACUUACUGGCUAGAAGCACAAACCCUUUGCAAAACAGCAAAUGAACAUCUUAAGGAAACGCAGUCUCAGUAUGAUGCAUUGGACAAGAGAUACAACAAGGCCAAGAAACUUCUCAAGGACUACCAACAGAAGGAAAUAGAUUUUGUUAAAAAGGAAGAGGAUCAAAAAAGAGCUCUUGAUGAGAAAGACAGAAUGCAUCAGGAGCAGCUCAAGAAAUUGCAGGACAGGAUAGCAGAGCUGGAAGCCCAGGCACACUCAGGGGGACAGAAAGCACUUGUAUGCAGUAAAGGUGAGGAGAACCCCAGGCUGGGGAGUACUGAACAGCUGGAGGAUGUAUGGGGUGUGGAAGAAGAGGCUAAAGGGACAGUGAAGAAAGCACAAUCUGUUGACACUUUACGUUCUGAUUUGGAUGACCUGGUCCCAGAAACAAUCAGGUUAGAUACCAGUGCUAACAAAGCAAAGGCACAGCUUUCUCUAAAAGCAAAAAGGCAACCUCCAUCUCGAAACAAACUAAGAGAAACUCUUGGCACUGGGGAUCAAAACGGAAAGGAGAAUAACGAGAGUGCAGUUACACAAUCUGAAGCUCUGUGUGUACAAAAUGAAAUGGCUUCCACAAAGGCCAUUGAAGAAACACUUACACUGUCUUUAACCAGAUCAUAUUCUGGAGACAGACAAAAGACUGAAAAACCUGAAGUUGCAGAAAACACUCCAAGUAGACCAGAGCCAAGCUGUGCUGCUCCUCCCCAGGCUUCUCCACUCCACAGAACUAACAAUGAAGACAGUGUGAGCUCAAGCCAGUCCACUUCCAAAGAGACUUCUAGUCCCAACUCUCCCACAGGAUUCCUCCGGAACGUCAAGAAGAGAGAGUCCAAAGGCAAAGGCAAAGAAGCCAAAGAUGAGAAAGUAUCGGAAGUAAAUGACAGCCCAUCUUUAGGAAAACCAAAACGAAGAUUUCCUGAUUUUGGUGGCCUUCGGAAAUCAGGUGGCAAAGGGAAGAAAGACAAAGAGAGUCUGAGAAGCUCAAUGGGCAGCAGGGGCUCUGGAGAUCUACUGGAAGAUUCUGGCGGUAACCUGUCUCCAGCUGAAUCCAUGUCAUCCAUCCCUACCUGCAUGCCUUUCUCCUGGUUUGGGGACAGUCACAAGGAACCUGCGUCAUCAAGUACAAGCCUCCAUUACACUUCGACUGAGACUGCACUGGAGCACGGCCAGGAGAAAAGCAGAAAUAAGACAAACCUUUCCUGGUCUUCCUUAUUCAGUCGUUCAUUAGAUUUGAACGUGUCUGUCGUAGAUGAUUCUAACCGUGGCAGUCAAUGUUCUGAUUUGACAGGGUUAGUGGCAGAGCCUAAUCUGUCAGGGCGUUCUCACACUUUAACCUUCUCUUCAAAUGAGACAUUGGAUGACUCCGCUGCAACAGGAAAACAAAACCAAUGGCAUAACAGGCCUGUUUCUGAGUGGACAACUCAACAAGUCUGUCACUGGCUAAUGGGGAUGAACAUGGAUCAGUACACUCCUGAAUUCACAGCCAAAUGUAUUGAUGGACAACAGCUGAUGCAGCUGGACAGUGACAAGCUAAAGGCUUUGGGUGUAUCCAGUCAAACUGACAGAGCAACAAUUAAAAAGAAGCUCAAGGAUAUGAAAAAAAACCAGGAGAAACUGGAAAAGCAGAGAGAGAAGGAAGCACGGCGAAGUGGGAAACCCCUCCAUGCAGAAUCAAACUGCUAGAAACAGGAUUGUUUUAUUGCAUGUCAUAACUUUUUCAUUUUUUAAGAACAAUACUUUUAUAUGUGUUUGUGUGUAUAUAUGUACAGGUAAUUGAAAUGUAAAGGGGAAACUGCUAAAGCACAUUUUGGUGAUUUUUUUUUUUCUUCUUCCCUUAGCGUAUAUAGUAAUCCAUCUUAGUUGUGAUAAUAAGGUACUUUAAAUGUUAAUAGUUUCUCUUACAAGGUGUGGCUGGUUUGGAAAUCUGUUCAAGCAAAGCAACCCUGUCUGAGAUUCUGAGUGGGAAAUGGAGUUGGGGUCUGACUGCUUUUAAACACAUUCUGUUCCGCAAUUAUCCCAAAUAGACAGUGUACUUGUAUAAAUAUGAACUUGAGUUACAUCAUUUUAUGAAGCAAUCAACACUAGUUAAAAAAAAAAAUAACAAAAAAAACACACACAUUUUAAUCAGAACUGUCAGGUACAAGUUACAUUUCAAAGCAUAGGGCAUAUGCCUUUUUUUCAAAUAUUUUAGAAUUAGGUGUUUUGUAGUGUGGGUUUUGCAAGUAUAACAUAGUUGUGUAUAGAUUUUUUCUUACAGGAGCUUGUACAGUUUAGGAGAUAAAAGCACUAUGUCUUUUAAGCUACAAUGGGGCGACACGUUUUUAAAUGUAUAAAUAAAAGAUUUCUAAAGAUUUUAUACA